UUGAAUCUACCAACCACUAAUCCCAGUGCAAAGUAGUAAUUUAAGAAUCUCAUUAACGUACAUCCAAAGUUUCAAAAUAGGCAAUUUAGUCUUCAGUAUUCUAUAUAAGCUCAUUUCACUUUCCUUGCUAUUACACCCAAAGGGGAAAAUAGAGAAGAGACAUACUUAUAAUUUAGAAGAUGAUAGGUGCAAAUGAUUUUUACAAAGUAAUGUGUGCAAUGGUGCCAUUAUACUUUGCUAUGCUGGUAGCAUAUGGUUCAGUGAAAUGGUGGAAGAUAUUCUCACCAGAGCAAUGCUCCGGCAUCAACCGUUUCGUCGCGGUAUUUGCCGUUCCGGUGCUAUCCUUCCACUUCAUAUCUCAGAACAAUCCUUACCAAAUGGAUACGAAGUUUAUAUUGGCUGAUACUUUGUCAAAGAUUUUGGUUCUUGUGUUGUUGUCACUUUGGGCUAUUUGUAAAGGGCAGUUGGAUUGGUUGAUCACUCUCUUCUCUGUCUCAACUUUGCCUAACACUUUGGUUAUGGGCAUUCCUUUGCUUAAUGCUAUGUAUGGUGAUUUCACUCAAAGCCUCAUGGUUCAGCUUGUUGUCCUUCAAUGCAUUAUCUGGUAUACUUUACUGUUAUUCCUGUUUGAAUAUAGAGCUGCCACCAUACUAAUCAAGAACCAAUUCCCUGGCAAUGCUGCCGCGGCCAUAACCAAAUUCGAGAUCGACAACGAUAUCAUCUCACUAGACGGCCGUAGUCCCCUUUGUACAGAAUCAGAAAUCGACAGAAACGGACGUAUCCAUGUCCGUAUCCGUCGAUCAACAUCCUCCGCACCAGAAUCCGCAUUUUCAUCCUCCAUAGGCAUCACACCUAGGGCAUCAAAUCUCUCCAAUGCCGAAAUCUUCUCCGUUCACACGCCUUUACAGGAUAUCCCGUUCGGACACGGGGACCUGGGCGUCGGGUUUCGUGCACCGAGUAGUCCUAGGUUGUCCGGCGGCUACGCGUCGUCAGACCCCUGCUACUCGCUGCAGCCGACGCCAAGGGCGUCCAAUUUCAACGAGUUGGACACGACUACGUGUACAACAACGGGGAAUACCCCGAUGUGGGUGAUGUCCCCGGUGGCGGGGAAGGUGCUCAGGCAGCCGUCUCCAUCAGCUAAAAUGGCCGCGUGGGAGUCGCCAGGGAAGUCAUGUCUAAAUGGAGUCUCCAGACAAGGGUACAGAGAUGAUGUUGGAGAAAAGGAAAUUAGCUUCAGAGAUAUUUCAAAUUUCCCAGUGCAAGGAGGAGAUGUAGAUUCAGCAAAUAACAUUAAACAAGAAAUGCCAAAUGCUUUAGUCAUGCUAAGGCUCAUUAUUGUUAUGGUUGGGAGAAAGCUUUCACGUAAUCCAAAUACUUACUCCAGUAUUAUAGGACUUCUCUGGUCUCUUAUCUCAUUCAGAUGGAAUGUGGGGAUGCCAAGUUUGGUGAAAUAUUCCAUUAAAAUAAUUUCAGAUGCAGGUCUUGGAAUGGCAAUGUUCAGCUUAGGGUUGUUCAUGGCACUUCAACCUCGAAUAAUUGCGUGUGGCACGAAAAUGGCAGCAAUAGGGAUGGCCAUAAGAUUUAUAGGUGGACCUGUAGUAAUGUCAGCUGCUUCUGUAGUCGUUGGCCUUAGAGGAGUUCGACUUCAUACUGCAAUUGUACAGGCAGCUCUUCCCCAAGGUAUCGUUCCAUUUGUCUUCGCAAGAGAAUAUGGAUUGCAUCCCGACAUACUAAGUACUGGGGUUAUAUUUGGGAUGCUGGUUUCAUUACCAGUAACCCUCCUUUAUUAUAUACUUUUAGGGCUAUGAAGGAAAAUGUGAAGAAAAUCAAGAAAAUCUUUGCUCCCCAUGCGGAUAAUGAUUGUGUAUUACUUUGACCUAACCAGCACUUUGACAAGUAGUACUAAUUAUUUAGAGUACUCAUACAUCGAUCAAGUUCCUUUUGUUGGGUUCCGAUUUUGUAAAAGCUAUGGAGAUUGACUUAUUAAAAAUCAUCACUAUUACCCAUUAUUACUGUCGACUUAGAUAGUGAUAGCAAAAUUAUGUAAAAGAUCUUUUUGGCCAAGAAAAUUACUUCUGUUUUCUCUAGUGCAAUAUAGGUUAGUGGUAACCGAAAGGGAAUAAAUUAUUAUUAUGUUCUUGUAAGCAUAAUUAUUUCUCUCUGA